AUGGAUGUGCCUGGCUGGGCAGAGCUCAGCAGGGCUCCGGGUGGCUGCAGGCCACGGCCUGGGCACCACCUCGCUGAUGAGGCCGGCCGGGCCUCGCUGACCCCCAGCUCAUCUCUCUCCCCUUUCCAGGCGAUCGUGGCUCCGGCGAACAGCCUGAAGAACUCCGGAGUCCCCGAUGACAUUUUCCAGCUGGACGACCUCUCGGUGCUGGACCUGAGCUACAACCAGCUUACAGAGUGCCCCCGGGAACUGGAGAACGCCAAGAACAUGCUGGUCCUCAACCUCGGCCACAACAGCAUCGAGACCAUCCCCAACCAGCUCUUCAUCAACCUGACGGACCUGCUCUAUCUCGACCUGAGCAACAACAAGCUGGAGAGCCUCCCGCCACAGAUGAGACGCCUGGUCCACCUCCAGACCCUCAUCCUCAACGACAACCCCCUCCUCCACGCGCAGCUCCGGCAGCUCCCAGCAAUGACAGCCCUGCAGACCCUCCAUCUCAGGAACACCCAGCGCACCCAGAGCAACCUUCCCACCAGCCUCGAGGGCCUGACGAACCUGGCAGAUGUGGACCUGUCCUGCAACGAGCUCAGCCGCGUCCCCGAGUGCCUCUACACCCUGAACAGCUUGCGGCGCCUCAACCUCAGCAGCAACCAGAUCGCAGAGCUGUCUCUCUGCAUUGACCAGUGGACCCAGCUGGAGACCCUCAACCUGUCCCGUAACCAGCUCACCUCCUUGCCCUCGGCCAUCUGCAAGCUGACCAAGCUGAAGAAAAUGUACCUGAACUCCAACAAGCUCGACUUCGACGGGAUCCCCUCGGGCAUCGGCAAGCUCACCAGCCUUGAGGAGUUCAUGGCAGCCAACAACAACCUGGAGCUCAUCCCUGAGAGCCUGUGCAGGUGCUCCAAGCUGAGGAAGCUGGUGCUGAACAAGAACCGCCUGGUGACGCUGCCGGAGGCCAUUCACUUUCUGACAGACGUGGAGAUCCUGGACGUGCGCGAGAACCCCAACCUGGUGAUGCCCCCGAAGCCGGUGGACCGGACGUCAGAGUGGUACAACAUCGACUUCUCCCUGCAGAACCAGCUGCGCCUGGCAGGAGCCUCGGCAGCCGCUGCGGCAGGGAGUGGCACCAAGGACCCCCUGGCCCGCAAGAUGCGGCUCCGGCGGCGCAAGGACUCAGCCCAGGACGACCAGGCCAAGCAGGUGCUGAAGGGCAUGUCAGAUGUGGCCCAGGAGAAGAACAAGAAGCUAGAGGAGAAUGGGGACACAAGGGCACCGGACCCAAAGACACGCCGCUGGGAGCAGGGCCUGGAGAAGCCACAGCUGGACUACUCAGAGUUCUUCAGCGAGGAUGUGGGGCAGCUGCCCGGCGUCUGCGUCUGGCAGAUCGAGAACUUUGUGCCCACGCUGGUGGAUGAAGCUUUCCACGGCAAGUUCUACGAGGCCGACUGCUACAUUGUGCUCAAGACCUUCCUGGACGAGAAUGGCUCCCUGAACUGGGAGAUCUACUACUGGAUUGGGCAGGAGGCCACGCUGGACAAGAAGGCCUGCUCCGCCAUCCAUGCCGGUGGCUGCUUCACUGUUGAGGACACGCAAUACGUCACCAGGCUGUACCGCGUCUAUGGGAAGAAGAACGUCAAGCUAGAGCCAGUGGCGCUGAAGGGGACGUCACUGGACCCUCGGUUUGUCUUCCUCCUGGCCCCCCGCCUCAAGCUCUUUGCUGAGAAGAUCAACAAGAACGAGAGGAAGGGCAAGGCGGAGAUCACUCUACUUGUCCAGGGCCAGGAGACUCCUGACUUCUGGGAGGCGCUGGGGGGGCAGCCCGAGGAGAUCAGGCCCUGCGUCCCCGAUGACUUCCAGCCGCACAAGCCCAAGCUGUACAAGGUUGGCCUUGGCCUGGGCUACCUGGAGCUGCCCCAGAUCAACUACAAGCUCUCGGUGGAGCACAAGAAGAGGCUGAAGGCUGACCUGAUGCCGGAGAUGCGCCUGCUGCAGAGCCUGCUGGACACCAAGAGCGUGUACAUCCUGGACUGCUGGUCCGAUGUCUUCAUCUGGAUUGGGCGGAAGUCGCCGCGGCUGGUGCGGGCGGCGGCGCUGAAGCUGAGCCAGGAGCUGUGCGGCAUGCUGCACCGGCCCAAGCAUGCCAUGGUCAGCAGAAAUCUGGAGGGCACUGAGUGCCAGGUGUUCAAGUCCAAGUUCAAGAACUGGGACGAUGUCCUGCGGGUAGAUUACACCCGCAACGCCGAGACCGUGCUGCAGGACAGUGGCCUGGCCGGCAAGGUCCGCAAGGAUGCUGAGAAGAAAGACCAGAUGAAGGCCGACCUCACAGCGCUCUUCCUGCCCCGCCAGCCUCCCAUGCCCCUGAGCGAGGCAGAGCAGCUGAUGGAGGAGUGGAACGAGGACCUGGACGGUAUGGAGGGCUUCGUGCUAGAGGGCAAGAAAUUCGCUCGCCUGCCUGAGGAGGAGUUCGGCCACUUCCACACCCAUGACUGCUACGUCUUCCUCUGCAGGUACUGGGUGCCAGUGGAGUACGAGGAUGAAGAGGAGAAGAAGAAGAAAGGCGAGGGCAAAGGGGAAGAGGAGGGCGAGGAAGAGGAGGAGGAGAAGCAGCCCGAGGAAGACUUCCAGUGCAUCGUCUACUUCUGGCAGGGCCGCGAGGCCUCCAACAUGGGCUGGCUCACCUUCACCUUCAGCCUCCAGAAGAAGUUUGAGAGUCUCUUUCCUGGCAAGCUGGAGGUCGUGCGCAUGACCCAGCAGCAGGAGAACCCCAAGUUCCUCUCACACUUCAAGAGGAGGUUCGUCAUCCACAGGGGCAAGCGGAAGGACAGGGCCAGCGUGCCCCAGCCCAGCCUCUACCACAUCCGCACCAACGGCGGGGGCCUCUGCACUAGAUGCAUCCAGAUCAACACGGACGCCGGUCUGCUCAACUCUGAGUUUUGCUUCAUUCUCAAGGUGCCCUUUGAGAGCACCGACAACCAGGGCAUUGUCUACACCUGGGUUGGCCGGGCAGCCGACCCUGAUGAGGCCAAACUGGCCGAGGACAUCAUGAACCACAUGUUUGAUGACUCCUACAGCAAGCAGGUGAUCAACGAGGGAGAGGAGCCCGAGAACUUCUUCUGGGUCGGCAUUGGCAGCCAGAAGCCCUACGAUGAAGAUGCUGACUACAUGAAGCACUCCCGGCUCUUCAGGUGCUCCAACGAGAAGGGCUAUUUCUCCGUGUCGGAGAAGUGCUCUGAUUUCUGCCAGGAUGACCUAGCUGAUGACGACAUCAUGCUGCUGGACAACGGGCGGGAGGUCUACAUGUGGGUGGGGACCCAGACCAGCCAGGUGGAGAUCAAGCUGAGCCUCAAAGCAUGCCAGGUCUACAUCCAGCACAUGCGCUCCAAGGACCCUGCGCGCCCCCGCAAGCGCCGCACUGAGAUGAGCUGGAGAGGCCUCGGGCGCCGGCGAUCCCUGCAGGCAACGCAGCCCCUGAGAGCCAGCCGGGAACAGGGCUCUGGAGCCACCGAGGAGGAGGAGGAGAAGGCGCUGGGGUAG